AGGACGGCUGCCUGCUGCCGAUGUGGCGCGGCUCCGUGGAGGUGGAGGCGCCGCAGGCGGAGCUGCUCCACCGGCUGCUGAGGGAGCGCGAGCUGUGGGACGGAGGCCUGCGCCGGGCGGCCGUGGUCCAGAACCUGUCCGACCGGGCCGAGGUCUACCGCUACCUCCUGGAGGGCCGGGGCCACGCCCUCGGCUCCGGGCCCCCGCGGGAGCAUCUGCUGCUCAGGACGUGGCAGGCGGACCCGUCCUCCGGCCCCCUGUACCUGUCCUCCGCGUCCACGGAGCACCCCGAGGUGCUGCCGGAGGGGGUCCGGGCCCACGUCCACGCCUGCCUCUACCUGCUGGAGCCCAGCGGGGCCGCGAAGACCCGACUGACGCACGUGUGCCGCACGGACCCCAGGGGCCGGUCGCCGGAGUGGCACCGCGAGGCCAGCGGGCUCCUCCUGGCCCUCGGCCUCCUGGCCAUCAGGGACUCCUUCGGGGCAGAGCACAGAGACGGCAGGAGGCGAGCCGACGGGAGCUGAGGACCCCCCCUCCCCACAGCGCUCCCUGCUGCGAGGUGCAAAGAGGAAGGCAAACCCCGGCGACAGAGGACGAAGGGAACGGCAGAGGCCCGAUUUUCACUGAGGGAGGUGGUUCUUGGUCUUUUAUUCUGUCCCUGAAGCAACAGGAAAAAAGAGGCGGGACAAACACGCAGGGAUGAAACCAGGAAGAGAGGCCUUGGGAGGAGGAGAGAGGAGGAGCCGAGGAGGCCUCCGCCGACACAGCAAUGUGGCAGAGAGAAACUGGACACGGCGAGGGGGGGCGGGGGGGUUACACCGCGAGGCGUUUUUCGCCAGACAGAAAAAGAAAGUCACCACAGAAUCAGAUGAACUGAUGAACUGAACCACUGAGGUGAAAGCACAUUUUAUUUUUUUUGAAGUGGCCGCAUCCGGCUGGGACGAGCUUUUUAUUUGCGUCCAGUCAUCCAGCGAGGACCUCACUGUGUGCGUGACGGUUAAAAGACGACAUCUACCUCUCCACAGGACCACGAGGGAGGGAGGGAGGAGGAGGGGCAUGCUUAUAUCCUAGUUUGUGAUGGAUAUCCAACCA